AUGUUUUCCAGCCAAGCUUCGGCAUGCAGGACGGCUGUACGAAAUGCCCAACCAAAUGUCCGACAAAGUAGACGUUUUCUACAAUUUCGGUCAGGGAGCACACUCUCUGCGUCUCGAUACGCUUCGUCACGUCAGCUGAAGGGCGCUCCUAACCACCCAGCAAAAUCCCAAUCGAGUCCCGUUUUCGUUUCCUCAGUAUUCGUUAAUCCUUCGCGCCGCGUUCUUGCGCCGACAUCUCUUGGUAGCUCCUUCUCCUUCUCAACUGCGCCUAUACGACGGAAAGAACGGCCGCCGCCCAAUUCGUCGGAGUCGGAAGAGAAGGGAGAGGAAGCUGGUGAACAGAAGAUACAAGGCAAAAGCAAAAAUUCCGACUCUGCAGCGCCAGCGUCUGGAUCAGCUUCAGGAAGCGGCGCUGAUGGGCGGGGAAGUAGCGCUGGGGGCAGCGGAGGUGACUCUGGCUCUGGCUCUGGUGGCAGCGGUGGAGAAGGCACCAGCAAGAAGAGUCGCAAGUCAUCACCAGAGAAGUCCCUUCAGAAACCAACAGUACCAGAUGUCUACCCUCAAGUCAUGGCAAUCCCGAUAGCCAAACGCCCGCUGUUCCCUGGGUUCUACAAAGCAGUCACAAUUCGGGACCCCAAUGUCUCCGCGGCCAUCCAAGAAAUGAUGAAGAGAGGCCAACCAUAUAUUGGAGCUUUCUUGUUCAAAGACGAGAAUGCAGACCAAGACGUUAUUGAAAAAAUGGACGAUGUCCACGAUGUUGGAGUCUUUGCUCAGAUCACAAGCGCAUUUCCCGUUCAUGGCGAAGAGAACAGCUUGACAGCUGUCUUAUACCCUCAUCGUCGAAUAAAGAUGUCAGCUUUGAUUCCUCCGGAGAAGAAAUCGGAUAAAAAGGCAGAGGACGUCUCUGUACCGGAGCCAAUCACCGGUCAGGCAGACGAAGACAAGAAGGGCGAUGUAGUGGCAAGCUUUGAGGAGGGAAGUGUUGAACAGUCCGCGCGUGAUGUAUUGCACUACGAGCCAACUUCGUUCCUGCGGAAGUAUCCCGUCAGCUUGGUCAACGUGGAGAAUCUGACCGAGGAGGAUCACGACAAGAAGAGCGCCGCCAUUCGAGCAUACACCAGCGAGAUUGUGAACGUUUUUAAAGAGGUUGCAAACCUCAACCCUCUCUUCCGGGACCAAAUCUCUACAUUCUCCAUGAGCCAGUCCGCUGGUAAUGUUAUCGACGAGCCAGCAAAAUUGGCUGACUUCGCAGCAGCAGUAUCUGCCGGUGAAAUCAAUGAGCUCCAAGACGUUCUCGAGACACUUGACGUCGAGUCCCGUCUAGCAAAAGCUCUUGUUGUUUUGAAGAAGGAACUUAUGAACGCUCAACUCCAGUCUAAGAUUUCAAAGGAUGUUGAAGCUAAAAUCCAGAAACGACAGCGGGAAUAUUGGCUAAUGGAGCAAAUGAAGGGCAUUAGACGGGAACUGGGUAUUGAGAGCGAUGGCAAGGAUAAGUUGGUGGAGAAAUUUAAGGAGAAAGCUGAGAAGCUUGCCAUGCCGGAAGCCGUCAAAAAGGUGUUUGAGGAGGAGCUCAACAAGUUGGCUCACCUCGAGCCUGCUGCAUCCGAAUUCAACGUCACGCGGAAUUACCUCGACUGGCUGACACAGAUCCCCUGGGGUCAGAGAAGCGCAGAGAACUUUGGCAUAAAAAAUGCGAUGAAAGUUCUGGACGAGGACCACUAUGGACUCAAGGACGUCAAAGAUAGAAUUUUGGAGUUCAUUGCUGUGGGCAAGUUGCGUGGCACCGUGGAAGGCAAAAUUCUCUGCUUCGUCGGCCCGCCUGGUGUUGGAAAGACGAGCAUUGGCAAGUCCAUUGCUCGUGCUCUCAAUCGACAAUAUUACAGAUUCAGCGUUGGUGGACUGACCGAUGUUGCGGAGAUCAAAGGUCACCGUCGCACCUAUGUUGGUGCAUUACCAGGUCGAAUCAUCCAGGCACUCAAAAAGUGCCAGACGGAGAAUCCUCUCAUCUUGAUUGAUGAGGUUGAUAAGAUUGGUAGAGGGCAUCAAGGCGAUCCCGCAUCUGCUCUACUCGAGCUCCUUGACCCCGAGCAGAAUUCUUCCUUCUUGGACCACUACAUGGAUGUGCCGGUUGACCUUUCUAAGGUCCUUUUUGUUUGCACAGCAAACAUGACCGACACCAUUCCUCGACCGCUGCUUGAUCGAAUGGAGAUGAUUGAGUUGUCUGGUUACGUCGCUGACGAGAAGAUGGCCAUUGCGCAGAGAUAUCUAGCUCCUGCAGCCAAAGAGCUCAGCGGCUUGAAAGAAGUGGAUGUGAAUUUGGAAGAGGAUGCUAUCACGGAACUUAUCAAGUCGUACUGCCGUGAAAGCGGUGUGCGAAACCUGAAGAAGCAGAUUGAGAAGGUCUACCGCAAAUCAGCAUUGAAGAUUGUCCAGGACCUAGGCGAAGACGUCUUCUCUGAGGAGAAGGCUCUUACCGAUGAAGGCAAGGCCGCUCAAGAAGAAGCGAAGAAGGACAAUACCGAUGUCAAAGACACGCCGCUUGAUAUGGAAAAGGAAACUACCGAGCAGCCUCGUGUCAGUCUUAAGGUCCCUGAAUCAGUCCAUCUCGACAUUACAAAGGAGAAUCUGAAGGACUUCGUUGGCCCUCCUGUUUUCACAGCCGACCGGCUUUAUGACGUUACUCCGCCUGGUGUUGCCAUGGGCCUGGCAUGGACCCAAAUGGGCGGUGCCGCCCUCUAUGUCGAGUCUAUUCUCGAGAGUGCACUAACCUCGUCGUCGCACCCGAGUUUGGAGCGCACUGGCAAUCUCCAAAACGUUAUGAAAGAGUCUACUUCCAUUGCCUACUCUUUCGCCAAGUCUGUGGUGGCCAGAGAAUUUCCUGAGAACAAAUUCUUUGAGAAGGCCAAGCUUCACUUGCACUGCCCCGAGGGAGCAGUGCAGAAGGAUGGUCCAUCUGCGGGUAUCACCAUGGCUACCGCACUACUCUCCUUGGCGCUUGAUUACCCAAUUGACCCAACAAUUGCUAUGACGGGAGAACUCACUGUCACCGGCAAAGUAUUGCGCAUCGGUGGUCUCCGUGAGAAGACAGUUGCCGCGCGUCGCGCUGGUGCCAAAACAAUCAUUUUCCCCGCUGAUAACCUUUCUGACUGGUUGGAGCUGCCAGAAAAUAUCAAAGAAGGCGUGGAAGGCAAACCGGCAAAUUGGUACUCGGACGUUUUUGACCUGGUCUUCCGCGACCUCGAUCGUGUGCACGCUCAGAAUGCGUGGAGAGACCAGCUGGCCAAAUCGGAGGAAGCAGAGAAGCAUGAGAAAUCGGAGAAAUAA